GGGAUGCCAAGAAAACUCAGUCCUCAAUCUAUAUCAUUUUAUUCAAAGCAGAUACAAAAGGAUAUAGAUUAUUGGAUUCCCAUGUGGAGCAUUAGCUAGAUCCAAAUCAUGUACACAACACAUGGUGCCGUGUUGUAUCUCACUGCAGCAGGAAGCGGCUGAUAAAGGGUCAGUGCAUUUUCUUGAAAGUGCGAGAAAAAGAAAAAGCCCCCGCUGAGCGUCUCACUGGUUUGAAUGUCUCUAUUGAGCUGUGUGAUUAUGGGUAAUUAAUGUGAGACAUCAAUGAUUAACGCGUGCACAGCCUCGUAUCAAACAGGCAGGGAGAGACUCUGAGGAGGAGUGUGAGGCGCAUGUUGCAGCAGUGGAACAACUUCAUUUCCCCGCUUCGCCUUGAGACGCAGUCCAAAAUAAACCACCUCAAAAAAAAAAAAGAAAAAGAAAAAAGAAAACGGCUGAAUGCUUUAGAGACACGUAAUGCUGCGGAAAUCGUUAAGAGGGGGAGAAGAUGCAUUUGUACACUUAAUUCCAACAACAACAACAGCGAGGAGAAAUGUGCAGAUCCGCUCUCACUCAUCACACUCAGGCACAAGUGGGCUCCUCUCUUCUCUCCUUCUGUCGUCUUCUCUCCUCAUGUUUUCUCUCCUUCCCUCCCUUUUCCUCUGUCCUCAUCUCCUCUCACUGUUUCUCUCCUCUCUCUUCUUCACCUCUCCCAUUUCUCUGCUCUAAUUUUUUUCCCUCUUUUCUUCUUCUCUCACUCUUUCCCUCCCCUAUUUUUUUUUUACCUCUCCUCUCAUUUUCUCCCCUCUUACCUCCUCUCUCCCCCAUUUCAGCUGCUCUGCCUUACAUUUCCCUCACCUCUAUUGUCCUCUCUUCUUCUGUCACUCUCUCGCCCCCCCAACUCUCUCUUCUCCCCUUGUCUCCUCUCUCUCUUUUCUUCUCCCCGUCAUAAAAAUCAAAUUUCUUUUCUUCUCACUUCCCUCUUUCUUGUCUUUCAUCCCCCUCCUCUCUUCUCACUCCUUUAUUUUCCUCUUCUCAUUCUCCUCCUCACCUUUCCCCUCAAUCUUCUCACCUCUUCUCUAUUUUCCUCUCCACUCCUUUAUUUUCUUUUCCUCUCCUCGGUUGUCUUUUCUCUAUCAUUCUCCUCUCUCAUUCCUCUCCUCUUACUCUUUUCCUCUGCUGUCUCUUCCUCCUCCUCCUCCUGACCCUUCCCUCUAUCUUCUCCCUUUUCCUCUCAUCUCCUCUCACUUUCUGCCUCUUCUAUUUUCCUCUCCUUACCCCCUCUUACUCUUAUCCUCUCCUUGAUUUUCCUCUCCUCUUUUCCUCCCAUUUCUUCUCCUCUAGUCUUCUCCCUCCUUCCUCUCCUCUCCUCCUCACCUUUCCCCCUCUUUUAUUCCCCUCUUCUGUCCUUUUUACCUCCUCUCCUCUCGUCUUUGCGCACGCAUCCACCCCUCUCCCCUCCUUGUUUCUCAAUGAAUCUCUCGCCCAGGUUCGACCCCUCCCACUCCGUGUAAGCGCUUUAAUUGUCAGCCUUGACGCGAACUUGCGUAGGCUUAAAUACCGCGUGCGCCUCUCGCUUUGAGGGUGGAAGUGACCAAACCUGUCCAAGCAGCAGGGCAUCUCUAAUGAGUGUGUGAGCGUGUGCGUGUGUGUGUAUAUUCUUUCCCCCCUCUCUUCGUCGCUGUGGUUUUAUUUGUGCCGCCGGCCGACCAGCAUGCAGGUGUCUCUGGCCCUCCUCGUCUCCAGCUCGGCGCUGCUGCUGCUGCUCCAGGGAUGCUGCACCGCCGUCAAGGGAUGGAAGGUACUAAAGAAUGAUGCUACGGAGAUUUUACCGGAGUACAGAGAAAACACUCGGACACCCCAGGAGGCAAUACCACAGGCGAACAACGGCAGCAAUAACAGCAACAGCAACAGUAUGAAUAACAGGGCGAAAAACGGUGGAAGAGGCGCGAACUCAGUCUCCUUCAGUGCCUCAGAGCUGAGCUGUAGGGAGCUGCGUUCCACCCGUUACAUCACCGACGGAUCUUGCCGCAGCGCCAAACCCGUCAGGGAGCUGGUGUGCUCGGGCCAGUGCAUGCCAGCGCACCUCAUGCCGAACUCCAUCGUCCGGGGAAAGUGGUGGAGGAGCAGCGCCUCGGACUACCGCUGCAUCCCGGCGCACUCCCGGACGCGCAGGGUCCAGCUGCAGUGUCCUAACGGCAACACACGGACUUACAAAAUCCGCGUGGUCACCUCCUGCAAGUGCAAGCGCUUCAGGCCCCACCACAACCAGUCGGUGGCCAAGGAGGUCCCGAAGACGCAACGCAACAAGAAGCACAGUCGUUCGCCUCAAGAGCGGAAAAAGAACAACACACCAGUGACAGGCAACUCGUACUGAUGUGGCUCUCCAGCAUCUGAGGACAAAGACUGAAGCACAUUCACUCACUCACACACACACUCACUCACUCACUCACUCACUCACAAACACACACACACACACACACACACACACACACCAACA